AUUCAUUCCUCAUACUUCUUCAUGCUCCGAUCCGCCAGGCCAAAUGUUAGAUAUGAGGUAGACAAAUCAAUUCUUACAACCUUUUGGUUGAAGAUUCGCCGCAAACAUAUUGCAGAAAUCAAUUGAUUUAGGUUCAGAUUAGAAGGGUGCCUACAUAGUUCCUUCGUCGCCUUGAGGAAACUCAUAAGAUCUAUAUGGGGAGAAAUUCUUCAUCACCUGGAGGACACUAAUCCACUGGUUGCUUAUUCGAUCCUUGAGCUUAUUAUAAUCAGUAACUAUGCCCUUUUUCAAGAGCAUAUUAUUUGAUCCACCAUAGAUGUGUCAAUAUCUUCUCAUGGGGCUUUUCAAAAAGAAGUCUACUGGACGAUUUAAGGAGGGGGUAAUUAUCCAAACAAAAUAGAAGAAGAGCUUCUUUGUUAUGUACGAUAUGCAUGUAUUCAUGAGAAGGAACAAAUAACUCACACCACCAGAGGAAGUCGCCGCUCAAAGAAAAGGUUAGCAUCUUUUUCCUAAAAUUUUAAUAACUUUAUGUUUCUCCUUUUCUUGUAUUUGACUUGACAUUGAUAUAUUUUUAAAUUCAUAGAUAAUCGUGCAUGAUGAAGCUGAUAUUAUGGGAAAAUAUCUCUUAAUAUGCCAAAAGAAAGUUUAUUACUUGUCUGCAAUGGUUCCAUUUUCUACAAUUACUAGAAAUCUUCUUCUCUUUGUGGUAGAACACAUUAGUUUUUAUGUGGGCAUAUUUUUGGAACUAUAUCUUGAUGUCGACAAGAUGCCAAUUUACAAAAGUACUUAAAAGAAACGAAGUUAGUGACCCCUUUAUACAUCUAGAACUCAACACAAAAAUAGAAUAUGUCAUAUUACCAAACUAAAAGUUGAAAACCUUAGCAAGGAAAAUCUUCGUUCAAUGAAAUGAUAUUGGCCUAUUGUCCCUACCAGUAGUGUAUCUCACUACACGGAAUGAAAAUUUGUCAAGUUUUCGUAUAAUUCCAACAUUAAUACCAUUGGUUUGAAGAAUCUAAAUUUGGUAUGCUUUAGUUAUUUUUCCAGUGGUGUAUCUCUAAUGGUUGAUUUCUUCCUCUCCUAAAUAAGAUAUAUACUGAUUUCUCUAAGAUCUCUCAUGUGAGCCAUUUAGUUACAUGGAGAAUCAAAGGAUUGAUAGUUUAUCCUUCUCUUUGUGACUUCUGAAGGAGAACUAGAAUCGUCUAUGUUUAGAAAAAUAGCAAUACAAAUCCAACAUAGCUAUCAUUUGUUGCAACUUAUUUUUGGCAUAUACAAGAAUGCAAACCGUGCCUAAAGAAGCAAUCCCCAAAAGAAAAUUGGAUUGGAGUAUACGAAAAUCAGAAUGUAUGAUUCACCAUUUAAAAGCUGUAGCCCAUGACAAAACUCUUCGCGGCUUGUCCCUUUUAGUUACACUAGAUCCAUAAUAUAAUCAUAGUUUUCAUUUCUUAUACGGUUGCUUGCCUUUUGUAGAGCUUUUUUUUUGUGAGAACACAAAUCAACGUGUAAAGAAACAAUCGACAAAAAGAAAUUUUGGAUGGGCUAUAUGUGACUCACCAUCUAAAGCCGUAUUCCAUGAUGGAAAUAUUGGCAAUAUAUCCCUAGUAGUUACACUAAAUCCAUAAUCCAGUAAGCAUAGUCAUCAAGUUUUUCCCUUUAUGAGAUGGAAGGAUAACCAUCUCUUAAGUGCGGCUAAAAUUGGUACUGACGGUGGUGAUCUCCUACAUGCAACUCCAAAAAAAAGCAGCCCGGAUUUUUAGAAAAUCCAGCGGGCAGCCGCGCCGUCACGCGCAUCGCCCAUCGCUCACAUGAUUCCCCGAGGUCUGACGUGGUGGCUCGUGGACGCACCCACGUCCCCACGCUAUCGAAUCCCACCCGUCCGUCAAGAAUCCCGCCGUCAACGACCUUCCCUCUUACCCCAAGCCAAGAUGCACCAGGCCCCACACGUCAGCGAGCCGCGUGCCUGGUUAGGUGCUCAGAGCGGACAAUGUCCCAGUUGUUGCCAAGUUUGGGAGCAGUAAUCGCCGUCCACAUCCCCAGUGAUCUGAUCACGGUCGUCGGCCAAAUAAGGGCAGCAGGACUACGGCCAUGAUGUGGCAUGAUGUCAAACAUGGCCCGCCUGUCAGUGACUAUGUGACGUGGUGCCUGGUAGCAUUGGUGGCCGUAUGUAUCUCAACACUUGCUUGUAAGAUUUAGCAGUGCAGGAGAAGAACGUGAGAUCUUAUGCAAAUCCCCAGGGAAUUUCGUGGUAAUCACACCCUAUGCCAUCGUCCAAUUUACCAAACGAGCCUCGGCGGCUGGUGUUAAUCGCUCAGCAUGCCAUGGGGCGGAUUACUGAACUGCCCAUCGGCGUUGAGGUCAACCUCAGGAGUGCCACAGGCUCGCAGGUGUACUCCUGCGCAGGCGUUCAGGUGGCAGAGGUGAGAAUAGAUGCCAAGAGUGGAGGGCAUUGUUGGCAGAGUGGAAACGAUAAAGCCUCGGGCCUUCAGGCUCUGCUCCCCUCCGCCAUUGCUGUGCUCUCUCCGUCUCCCCGCUCCUCUCUGUUCUCGCUGUCAGAUUUCGCAAGCACCUCCGCUCCGUGCGAUCUGUUCUCGGUCUCGUCAGCCCAGAUGGUUGAUCUGUAGAGCGAGACGCCGAGGUUGCAGGGGACGGAGUGCGCGCACGAUUGUGGAACCAGGAGCGGAAGGAGGAGCGGAGGACGCCGAUUCGAUGCGUGGCUCCGCGGAGGUCGUUGCGGUUGCUCGGGACGUGGCGUCGUCCAGCCCGUCGAAGCCUGCGCCGGCAUCGGACAUGACGAGAUUCCAGAGGCCCAGCUCAGAUUGCCUCCCGCUCCCCAAUGGCAUCGCCGGCGGCAGCAGUGUUAGCGGCAGCAGGAAGCCGCCGGCCGCGCCGGCCCCGAGAUCGAGCAAGGACGACGCCGCGCCGGCCGUCGCCACCGACAGCUCCCGCCUGGCGGCGUUCCUGGCCUCGACGUCGCUCGAGCCCAAGCCGCGCGCUCGCGCACCGCAGCCGCCGGCGCAGGCCACGCCUUCCUCGUCCCCCGCCGCCGUCGCGACCCGGAGCCCCGCGCGCGACCACGGCCACCACCAGCACUACUCCGACUUCUCCGACCCCGCCUCCCCGAGCGCCGCCGGGGUCGGCGGCGGCGGCGAGGUGCUUCUCCAGUGGGGCCAGAACAAGCGCUCGCGCGGCCGCCGCGACGCCGCGUCCUCAAGCGGCGCCUCGCCGCAGCGCCGGGCCGGCGCCAAGAUCCAGCGCCGCUCGCCCGCCCCCGCCCCCGCGCCCGCGCCCCCGAGCGGGCCGUCCUACACCCGCGGGUCCAACCUCCGCGCCGUAUCGCCCCUCCCGCCGCGCUCCGGCGCCGGCAUCGGGACCUCCGACGCGCACCACAGCCGCGGUGCCCUCCCCCACCACCACAGAUCGGCGGCGGAGGAGCGAGCCGUGGGGAAGUCGCCGGCCUCGGCGGCGGGGAAGCAGCGGCUGGCGUCGGACAAGGCGCCGCAGCAGGCGCACAAGGCGGGCCCGGGCCCGGUGAUGGGCCUGGGCGUCCCGGACCCGAAGGCGCAGCACCACCACCACCAGGGCGGCGGCGGGGGGCAGCAGCACCCCGGCGGCGGCGCGGGGGCGUCGUCGUCGUCGAAGCCGGCGCCGAAGCUGGAGCUGCCGCGGAUCUACACCACGCUGUCGCGCAAGGAGAAGGAGGAGGACUUCAUGGCCAUGAAGGGCACCAAGCUGCCGCAGCGCCCCAAGAGGCGGCCCAAGAACGUCGAGAAGGCGGUCAAUUUCAUCUGCCCGGGGGCGUGGCUGACGGACGUGACGAGGAGCAGGUACGAGGUGCGCGAGAAGAAGUGCCCCAAGAAGCAACAGAAGCACCGGGGCCUGAAAGGGAUGGAGAGCAUGGACAGCGACUCCGACUGACCGGCGAGCGACCGACGACGAGGACCUGCGUUGCCGGGCUGAAGGGCGGCGGCGGCGGAGAAACUCUCGGAGUGGCGGUUUCGGAGCAAGGAAUCUGGUGCUCAAGAGGAGAAAGGGAAGCAGCAAGAAGAAGCGGGCGAGAAGAGCAAACAAAGACAAGAGGAGCAUGUUCAACAGGCAGGCUCUCUUCAUCCCGAUGGGCUGAGGCGGUUUUUUUUUUCUCUUUUUCAGGUUAAUCAUAGAGGCACCGUGCUAUUGGCUCGAUUCCAUUUUGUAUAUCUCGGUGGUAGGAUGUAGCCGGCGUCUUUCUUUUCAUUCCUUUUUUCUUUCUCCCAUUCUCUUUUGGGUGACAAUCCGGUGGUUUACCUGGUCUCGCCCGCCUUCUUGGUGGUGGGUUGUAUAGUCUCGGACAACCAGACUCAUAGUUUUCAGCAAGAGGAAACAACAAGACUGUUAGGCUAGCACA